UCUUAAUCGGAUCGGCUUUACCAAGGGAGAUAAUGGCGCCGUCUCCGAUCCUCGAGACUAGGCUCGACCUUCCUCUCUUCUGAUCUCCGAGACCUGUUCGGUAGAAGCUUCGGUCGUAUAUUGAGGUUGGAUCCUGACAAGAGACAAAAUGAACGACCUACUCUCCACCACCUCCUUCAAGAAGUACACCAACCUGAAGCAGCAGGUGCAGAUGGACCAGAUGGAGGCGGGCAUGAGCGAGAUGGGCGCCGUCGCCGGCGUGAACCUCGAGCAGUUCUUCGAGGAGGUGGAGAGCGUGAAGAAGGACCUGCGGGGGCUCGAGGGCCUCUACCGCCGGCUGCAGGACGCGAACGAGGAGAGCAAGACGGUCCACAACGCGAAGGCGAUGAAGGAGGUGCGCGGCCGCAUGGACUCCGACAUCGGGCUGGUGCUGCGGAGCGCGAAAGCGGUGAAGGCCAAGCUGGAGGCACUGGACCGGUCGAACGCCCAGCACCGGAACGUGCCGGGCUGCGGGCCGGGGUCGUCGGCCGACCGGACCCGGACGUCGGUGGUGAGCGGGCUGGGCAACAAGCUGAAGGACCUGAUGGACAGCUUCCAGGGGCUGAGAACGAGGAUCGCGGAGGAGUACAAGGAGACGGUGGGGCGGCGGUACUACACCGUGACGGGGACGCACGCGGAUGAGGAGACGAUCGAGACGCUCAUCUCGUCGGGGGCUAGCGAGACGUUCGUGCAAAAGGCGAUACAGGAACAGGGACGGGGCGAUGUGAUGGACACGAUAUCGGAGAUACAGGAGCGACACGACGCGGUGAAAGAGAUCGAGAAGAGUCUGCUGGACCUGCACCAGGUGUUCCUGGACAUGGCGGCGCUGGUGGAGGCGCAGGGCCACCAGCUCAACGACAUCGAGAGCCACGUCGCGCACGCCAGCUCCUUCGUGCGGCGGGGCACCGUGGAGCUGGAGACGGCACGGGAGUACCAGAAGAGCUCCCGGAAGUGGGUCUGCAUCGGCAUAGUCGCCGCCGCUCUGCUCAUAUUCAUCCUGUUGCUCCCUCUUCUACCAACCUUGAUUACCUUGCUUAGAUAGAGAGAGAGUGUGUGUGUGUGUGUGCCGUGCAUAGAGAGAAAGAGGCAAGAGGGAGGAGCAGCACAAUUGCCCUUUUUCUUUUCUAACAAGUCAUCCCCGGGAUAUUUAUUCCAUUUGUCUUUCUUUCUUGGAUGCUACUAGAUUCUUUGGUGAAUCUUGAUAUCCUUGUAAUGGUCUCUCUUGAUACCGAAUCUUUACUCUAUAAAUUUCCUUCAAAUGGUAAAA